AAGAAGUGAGCCAGGAGGCAGCAGGACUGGAGCGAACACAGUCAUCUCCGCUUCAUGCUUCGUCCUGGGCACUUCUCCUCCUCCUCCUCUCCUCUCCUCUCCUCUCCUCCUCCUCCACUCUCAACAACCGUCUGACACCAGUUGAUUCCCUAUCUCACACUUUUAGCCAUUAAAACAAAGGAGAACGAGGAGAGAGAGAGAGAGCCGAAGCGGUGGAGGGGGAAAGAAGGGGCCCGAGUCAUGGAGCUGUUUUGCCUCGAGUCGGAAAUAACCGUGCGAGCCCAGCCGGACCCAAACAUCCUGUACGACGACCGAGUGCUGCAGAGUUUAUUAACCAUCGAGGACCGGUUCCUCCCGCAGUGCUCGUACUUCCAGCGGGUGCAGAAGGACAUUCAACCCUACAUGAGACGAAUGGUUGCAGGCUGGAUGCACGAGGUGUGUGAGGAGGAGAAGAGCAACGAGGACGUUUUCCCUUUAGCCAUUAAUUACUUAGACAGAUUUUUAGCAGUGAUGCAGACUAGGAAGAACUACUUGCAGCUCCUGGGAGCCGUGUGCAUGUUCCUGGCCUCCAAGUUAAAAGACAGCCGGCCGCUAUCAGCAGAGAAACUCUGCAUGUACACAGACAACUCCAUCUCACCACGGGAGCUACUGGACUGGGAACUGGUGGUGCUCGGGAAGUUGAAGUGGAACAUGGCCUCAGUCAUUCCCAAUGAUUUUAUAGAGCACAUCGUACGCAGGCUGCCCCUCCCAAAAGACAAGCUGGCGAUGGUGCGCAAACACACGCUGACAUUCAUCGCUCUCUGUGCCACAGAUGACCGCCUCGCCAUGAAUCCCCCUUCCAUGAUCGCCACAGGCAGCAUGGGAGCUGCUGUAUGUGGUCUCCAGUUCGACCACUCUGACCAGAGGCUGAAUCGAGACAACCUGACAGACCUGCUGGCCAAGAUCACCAACACAGAGGUGGACUGUUUGAGGGCGUGCCAGGAGCAAAUCGAGCGUGUGCUGGCCACCAGCCUGCAGCAGGGCCAGCAGCACCGGCAGGAGAACGGGCUCCCGGCUGGCAGCAAAGCCAGGGAGCAGCAGGACCAGUCCAGCACCCCCACAGAUGUCCGCGACGUCAACUUGUGAACCGCUGUUGUUCGACCACCUCACACACACCACUCGUGCCCGUCACACCAAUGAACUAGCCGGAGUGAGCGAGACAGGUGGGGGUGGGGGUGUGUGAGCUGCCAGUAUCUAGUCACUGCAUGAGUGAUGGUGUGACAAUCUAUGAACUUUUAGAAAUUAAGGAAUUUCGCCCCUUUUUUUGCCCCAUUCAUACCCGGCUGGGUGUUCCCUCACCUCGCUGUAUGGAACACGUCUAAUCCAACAAGCUAUUUAACAACAACAAAAAAAGGUUCAUUCUUGAAAACUUGAUAGUGCCUUAGAUUUCCCCCGAACGGAAAUCUGAAUAUAUUUUCAUACUUGAAAAAAAAAAUAUAUAGCAUAAUUAUAUGAAAUAUACAUAUUUCUUUUGAUACAACCUAGCAAAAAAAAAAUAUAUAUAUAAUAAAUAAUGUAUAUAUUUAGCAAGCAUUUAGUUAUGUUACUCUUUUAUCAUCUUUAGCAAACAGUUAUCAAUUCACAGUUUUACUGGUGUUUUCCUCGCAUGAUUGCAAUGCUGAUAAAAUACAGUACAUGGCAUUUAAAGGAAGUUGAUGCGGAGGAGCUUCACCGCGGGUGGCCGCUCGGCUCCGUCUCUCAUACUGGGUGCACCUGUAGCACUGCUCCUUAUUUAUGCUGAAAAGUGCUGGCCAGGAGGGGGCUGGGCCCGCUCACAGAGGAAGGACGUUAGGGAGGGAGGGGGAGGGAUGGGAAUGGCGGCAGAGGCUAAUGUCCGAAAGGUUAAGAGUGAGAAGAGAAGACGAGAUCAGUUAAAGUCUUGAUUUCACUGCCAAAGUCACCGAGGAGCACAGAAUAUUAACAGGACCCUGUGAACCUGUACAUGUUGAAUUCAGCGAAUCUACAUUUAAUCGUUCAGACGUUGGUGUUCGAGAGCAGAUAGACAUUUUUAGUCUGUAUUUAAAAUGUGGUUUUAGCAUUAGCCAGGUUGUUGUCAUGUUACUAAUCCAAAAAAAAAGUGAUUUGGAAAGUUUUGAGAGGAAACGAGUGAAGAUUGAGAGGUUUGUUGAGGAACGAUGACGAGCAUGUGGAAAGUCAAGAGGUGGGGGGGGAGAAUUCCAGAAGUCAUGACAGAGUUGGGAAAUUAACCUAAGCGAUAUGAUGUUUCUGAUACUUGAGUGACACGCAGGUGAUGUUGGCCGGAUCAGUUUGGACGUGCCGCAGUUUCUCCUGUUAUCCAUUGUACCAUUUAACUUUAUGGAGAGUGGGCGACUUAUAACAAUAUUGAUGCACUUUUAAAAACACACUCCUUAAGAUGGGUAAGGGGAUGGUGGUUGAGGAGAGUUCCGUGGGUUAGUAGGGUAAUUUUUUGUUUUCUUUUUCAAUUCUUUAGUUUUUUCUUUUAAGUUAUUUGAUUUUCUUUUUUUUCUGGGCUGGAUUCCCAUGGGGUAACGCACGUUGUCUUGAAAGCUAUUCCUCGGCAAGUGAGUAGACGUAGGAUAAUCAGUUAUUGUAUAAUAGUAUAGAAACUACGUAAAGCCAAGUCACAUGUAGACUUAGAUUUUUUUUUUUUUUUAUCCAGUGCGUUUAUUUACUUGAAAUUUUGUUCAUUCAUAGCCAAAACCUUCCAAUAGUCUUUUAAGGAGUUCAACACAUUCUGUGUCCAAACUAUUCUUAUUGUUUUGUUCUUUGUAUGUAAAACUGCUCUCCGAACUGAAAUAUCAAAACUGCCAUUUUUGUGACUUCUCUCCAUUACAGACGUGGGUGAAAGGGGUUUACAUAGUCGGAAAUUUUUGUAUAUAACCAGUUUCCCCUGAAGAGCAGAAAUCCUCAUUAUAUAUUAGAACAGACAUAGUUUCUUUAUUGUUUUCAUGCCUGUUCUGUUGUGCUAAAGCCAAAAUGUUUUUUUUUCCUUUAAAAAAACAAUCAAACAUGCUUUAAACAGAACAAAAUGUUCGUGCUUUUACAUGUUUCGUGUAUAAUUUGUAAAACAUAAUUCCAAAGUGACAAAAAACUAAGACUAUACACAUGAUUCUCUUGCUGCUAUGAAGCUUUUUUCUUUUCUAGUCUUACACAAAGAUGCCUUAUUGUGAUUCACUUGUGUGCUGCUAUAUUAUGAAUUUUUUUGUAUAAGUCUCCUUUUUGCUUUUCUGUUUUUGUUUGUGUACCCGAGGGAACGUCACACAGUUUAGUGCGGGACUGGAAGUACUUGUACUUGUGUUUUGCCGAUCUAUUUUUGAUUAGCAUGUUUUAUUAUUUUUAUUGUUUAAUUUGUAUCUUUUAAAAACAAAUAUUUUUAUCAUAUUCUUGCUGCUUCUUUGUAAUGUUUGUGUACCUCAGGUUAAUUUGGACAGAUAGAGCGAGAGGCCAUCUCAUCAUUACCUCAUCACACUUCGUAUCACACAUCAUUUUCACUCUGAAUUUGUUGGACGGGUUUCACUUUUUUUUUUUUCUUCUCCGUGUGGAUGAGAGGUAGUAAGGUGCUUCUUCUAAUUCUUCUUCUUCUAAUUCUUCUUUUAAAUCCAAAAAUAUCAAACUGCCAGAUUCCACUGAGCAAUUAAAUGUGCCUAUACUUUACCCAAGGUUAUUUCAUCCAGCUGGUGCUAAGUCAAACAACUGCCUAAACUCUGUUAUACGUAUCAGAAAGAAGAAUUGGAUUUUCAUUGGCGUGUACAUUUGGACUAAAGUGGAAUAUUGUUUCGUUUUUGAGGUACCCGUUUUGUCAAAGUUCAAGCCACGAGAAUGUUUUGUCGUCGUUCAGUGUGGUUGUGUUUUUUUUUCUCUCCAAACUCCUCUCCCACUGUUCCCAUCUGCAACCACACAGUGUACCUCAACAAUUUCUCCUCAAUAAAUUGGCUAAAAUCA